AUGCAAAGCUCAUACUUUUCACUGAAACCGAACAUUUCAUCCAUUAGUAUGGAAAGUACACGUACCAGGGAGCCUAUUUCUAAUACUAUUACAUUGUCAUCAGAUAAUAAUUCAUCUUCCCAAAAUAGAAAUAAUACUUCGCAGACGAAUUCCAUUCACGAUUUGAGUAAUAACACCAAUAAUUAUAAUACACCUACUACUGGCAUUUCAACUACUCAACAAAUUCUCAUUGAUGAAGGCACAAUUGACUGUUUGAGUUUACCUUCGAAGGCUCCUUCUCUAUUAUCUUCAUGUCCAAAAAGUUUCAAGAAUUUGAAUGUUUACAAUGAUAACAAAAGUCUUCAAAAAAUGGAUGAAGACCAAGAUGACGAGGAGGACGAAGUUGACCAAUUGAGAAUAGAUGAGGGUACUGAAGCUAUAACUCCAACCAUAAUAACCAAUAAGAAUAGUCUAAUGUCAAACAAUGAAACAAAAAUGUUGAGCAAUCACAAUUCGAAUCAUUCCUCCUCAAUAUUGGACACUCUUAUCAAUUCUACUAAUGGUCCAAGUUGUAGUAUGUCGAGUACUAUUACAACCUCAGCUAUCACUAAUGGUCCAGCUGCUAUUGCUGCAACUUCCUCUCCAUCAUCCAUUUUGAUGAUGAAUAACAAUAACUUUGCACACAACUUUCCAUUCCUUUCUUCAACGAUUGCAAACUCACCAAGUAAGGGUGGAUUCCUUGAUAGAUUAUUUACCUUUUCUCCAAAUGCAGCAAGUAGUGGUGUAAUGAGUCAUUUGGUAACUCCUCUCAAAACACCAAAUACUUCCUAUCAGGAUAGAGUGAGCUUAUUUACCAGCUCUCCGCAAAAGAUUGAACUCCUUUCAUCACCCAAUGAUAGUACUCACUCCAAUGCAUUCAGUUCCAAUCUCACUAACAGUCUAUUGUCUAAUGAUGAGAGUCCAAAUUUCUCAAAUCUUUGGCUUAACCAACAACAGCAACAACUCAAACAAACUUCCAAUAAUGGUGCAUCAAAUCUCCUAGGAAACAACAGUAAUAAUACUGCUAACGUAAUAUUGACAACCUUCCAAUGUAUUCAGAAACAUACUAUCAAUCAGAAAGAAUUGAGAAGAGCUCAAGAAAAGACCAAGAAUAAUCUCAAACACUUUCUCAAUGAUUCAACUCUGAUUAAUACUAAUGGUAAAAUUGUUUCGCCACUGACAGCAGCAGCAACUCAUCAAACUAAUGCAACUCUAACAACACCAACCAAUUCAACAAUUUCUCCAACUACCACAAAUUCUUCAAAACAAAUGAUGGCUACAAUUAUUCCGAUAGGAAAAAGAAGGGUUGAUAUUACACCGAGAAAUUAUACAAUUGCGGAUGAUAAACCAAUUCAUUAUUUGGAUCAAUAUUUUGUAAAUGCUACUUUGAAUGAUGAUGAGGAACCUCUUACUUUAUUUAUUGAUUCUCAUGAACCUCUUCUUAUACAAUUUUGCUGUUCAUCCAAGUCUAAAUCAAAUGGUUGUUUUGAAUCACUAACUUGUUCUGCUGUUGAAUGCGAAAAGUGUCCAGAAACUAAAAGACAUUUUACUUAUUACAAGUCUAUCAAUGAGACAAUAAUGAAAAAAUCCUUUGAAGUUAAGAAGGUUACUGUCGAUAGAAAUAAGCCAAAUAUUCCAGUUAAAAAGUUGUCUAUUGGAUCUUUGGAAAGGACUUAUCCAACAGUUGCUACUCAACCAUAUUAUACAAUUGAGAUUGCAUAUGCUGACAGUGAUAUUUGGCAGGGAUUGGAUGGAAUUAUUGGAUUAGGAUAUGGUAUUUUCAAUGUAACUUUCAAAAGUUUGGUUGAAAAGGAUGAUCCAACAUACAAGCAAAUGGCUCUUCACCUCAAAUUUGAUAAUGAAACUUAUUCUGAAAAUGGAGGUGCAAUUUAUAUUGGGAAAAAAACUAUUGAAGAUGAGCUUUUGAAAAGUGAUUUAGUUGAUCCUAAUCAUCGUAAGAUAUACUGGGGAGAAAGACAAUAUAGAAUUAAUGAAAAUGCUUGGAAAUAUGCCAAAGAAUCGGAAUCAAACACAUAUAUCUAUACUUAUGAUCACAGGCUGCCAGUUUAUCAUUUAUCUAUGGAAUGUUCUAGCUCAUUUUUGAGUAGCAACAGAUCGAUGAACGGUAUUGACUUAAUUUCUGGUUAUAGCAGUAGUUGGAAAAUCACAUUUUCAACCAGAAUUGAUGGAAUUGCACUCCCUGGUCCUUUUUAUGAAGCUGUAAUGAGUUGGUUAUUGAAAUAUAACUUGGUUUCAGGAAUUAAUGGAGUUUUGACAGAGGAACAGAUUAAUUCUUUACCAGCUUUAUCAUUUGUUUUGGGAGAUGGAGAUGAUAAGAAUUAUGAAAAAUUUGUCAUUCCAUUAUCUAUCCUCUAUGGACCAAAUGGAUUAAGCUUGUACAAAAGAGACGAAGGUUUUUAUGUUUAUGAUGGAGAUUUAGUUACUUUUGAUCCUUCUAUUGAAAUUGGUACAUUGGUUUGGUCAAAAUUAUUCAUUCCUGUUCUUGACAUGUCCAAAUAUAAGGUCGGUUUAAUCAAAAGAGCUGGAGUUGAAUACAAUAAUUUCAAUCCUGAUUUCUGUAAAGGAUUGAGUAUUGCUUCAACUUGCAAAGGAGCUCAAUCAUACUAUGUACCAACUAACCAAUGUAUUGAUCCAUCUUGCUCAAGCUACUUCUUCCAAUAUGUAAAUCCAAACACUAAGACUUGUGAUCUCAGUAUUGGAUUUUACUUUGCCAUCUUUGUGAUUGUGGCAGCUUGUGUUGUUGCUGAAUUUGUAGUAUUUGAAUUCCAUUUAAGAAUGGGUAAAAAAUUACAACAAGCAUCAAGAAGCAAUCCAUCCAGACUCCCAAUACCACCCCGUCAAUAAUUUGUAAUUUAUUUAAAAUAUUAAAAAAUCAAUUCGUAAAGUAAGC